CUGAACCGGCGACUCCACACUAACUUGUCUCUUUUCCCUUCCUCCCAACCCAUACAGGCGGACUUGACAGGGAUCAAAUGGAAGAGGUUUGUGUGGCAGGGUCCCACCUCUGCUCCCAUCCUCUUCCCGGUGACGGAGGAGGACCCCAUCCUAUGCAGCUUCAGCCGCUGCCUGAAGGCAGACGUGCUGAGCGUGUGGCGGCGCAGCCAGCGGCAGGGCCGGAGGGAGCUUUGGCUCUUCUGGUGGGGGGACGACCCCAACUUUGCUGAACUCAUCCAUUCCGAACUUGCCGCCGAGGAUGAUGGCCUGUGGGAGAACGGCCUGUCCUACGAGUGUCGUACUCUGCUCUUCAAAGCUAUCCACAACCUGCUGGAGCGCUGCCUCAUGAAUCGCAGCUUUGUUCGCAUAGGAAAGUGGUUUGUGAGACCCUACGAGAAGGAUGAGAAGCCCAUCAACAAAAGAUCAUGGCAGUGA